AUGGUGGCCAUGACGUAUGAGCAACGGGCGUCCCAUGUGGGGAAACUCGACCAUGGUGCUAGGAAACCAAACCGCGUAUGGCAACAGGCGCUCCACACAGUUCUUUCAAAGAAGAGGAUGACUCCCGAUGACUCUACUUGGGAUGAUGAUUUCAUCACCAAGAAACUACCAACAUUGGAAGACCCUGUAACGGCCUUGGCCAAUGCUCGCCAUGAAUUUGGAGAGCAUGGCGGGGUUAACAUGUCCAUCGAGCCUUCCGCCACCUUCACCGUCAUGGAACCCGAGACCCUCAGUCGCAUGUUCACCGGGGAGCUAGGUCCCGACCGUGAUUUCUUCAUCUACAGUCGCCAUUUCAACCCUACUGUUCUUAAUCUCAGCCGUCAGUUGGCGGCCAUGGAAGGGACCGAGGCGGCAUACUGUACUUCUAGCGGCAUGUCUGCUAUCUCCUCGGUUAUCUUGCAGCUGGUGAGCAGCGGUGAGCACAUUGUGGCGUCUCCGACGCUAUAUGGAGGCACCCACGCCUUUCUCACCCAUUUUCUUCCCAAGUCAUCGAAUAUAAAGACGUCGUUUGUUGACAUAAGGGACUUGGAAAAGGUGAAGGAGGCAAUAGUGGAAGGGCACACCAAGGUUUUAUACUUCGAGUCCAUAUCUAACCCCACGUUAACAGUGGCCAACAUCCCAGAGCUUUCCAGGAUAGCCCAUGAAAAGGGUGUGACGGUGGUGGUCGACAACACCUUUGCGCCGAUGGUACUUUCUCCGGCAAGGCUCGGUGCCGAUGUCGUAAUCCAUAGUAUCUCCAAGUACAUUAGCGGCGGGGGUGAUGUAAUUGCUGGAGCUGUUUGUGGACCUGCAAGUUUGGUGAACUCAAUGAUGGAUCUUCACCAAGGGACUCUGAUGUUACUAGGUCCAACCAUGAAUGCCAUGGUUGCAUUCGACCUAUCACAGAGAAUCCCUCACUUGAGUCUCCGGAUGAAAGAGCAAUGCCACAGGGCAUUGGUCUACGCCCAGAGGAUGAAGAAAAUGGGCCUCAAGGUCAUCUACCCAGGCCUUGAGGACCACCCCGAUCACCAUCUCUUCAAGUCCAUCGCCAACAAGGAAUACGGCUAUGGUGGUAUGCUCUGUUUGGACAUGGAGACCGAAACACGGGCCAACAAAUUGAUGAGUGUGCUGCAAAAUAAGACACGGUUCGGGCUCAUGGCGGUUAGUUUGGGGUAUUAUGAUACCUUAAUGUCUUGUUCAGGAAGUAGCACGAGUAGUGAAUUGAAUGAAAAGGAGAAGACGUUGGCUGGUAUAUCGCCCGGUUUGAUUAGGAUGUCGAUCGGUUACACCGGGACACUGGAACAAAGAUGGGGACAGUUCCAAAUGGCACCUUUCGAGUUAAUUUAGUUUGUUAAAGGAUAAGCCCAUGGGCUUUUAAUCUUUUAUGUCGAUCAUAUUAUGUGGUUUAAAAAUAAGCAAUUUGUUGCUAGUUUUGGUUGCUUAGUUGCAACCAUGUUUGUUAGAGUACACUU